UCCAAGAUGGCCGCCCCUGUCUUUGAAGGAGUUCAGCGGCCGAUAGUUGUUGCGAGUUUAAAUGACAGUUGAGGGGCUGCAGGUUGCUACUGACAUCUCCAGAGAGAGACGGAGGAGUUUCUGAGAAUCCUGUCACCUCUUCAGCGCUGCCGACAUGAGCAAGAACGACUUAAUCCUCCCCAAAGACUUUCCUCAGCUGAAGAAUGAUACAUUCCUGCGAGCGACGCGAGGUGAAGAAACCCAACAUGUCCCUGUGUGGUGCAUGAGACAAGCUGGGAGAUACCUGCCAGAGUUUCGUGAGUCCAGAGCAGGGAAGGACUUCUUUGAGACGUGUCGGUCACCGGAGGCCUGCUGUGAGCUCACUCUGCAGCCUCUGAGACGUUUUCCCUUCGAUGCUGCCAUCAUCUUCUCUGACAUCCUGGUUGUCCCACAGGCCAUGGGUAUGGACGUCCAGAUGGUGCCGGGUAAAGGUCCCACAUUCCCAGACCCGCUGAAGGAGCCGGAGGACCUGCAGCGUCUGCAGACCAAGGUGGACGUGGACAAGGAGCUGGGCUACGUCUUCAAGGCCAUCACACUGACCAGACACAAGAUCGAGGGCAAAGUGCCUCUCAUUGGAUUCACCGGAGCUCCGUGGACGCUCAUGUCCUACAUGAUAGAAGGCGGAGGCUCCAACACUCACUCUAAAGCCAAGCGCUGGCUCUACCGGCACCCUGAUGCCAGCCACAUGCUGCUGAGGAUGCUGACGGAUGUGAUCGUGGAGUAUCUGCUGGGUCAGGUGGCAGCUGGAGCUCAGGCUCUGCAGGUGUUCGAGUCUCACGCCGGCAUCCUGGGACCUGUAGAGUUUAAGGAGUUCUCCCUGCCGUACCUCCGAGACAUCGCUCGCCGGGUCAAAGAUAAACUCAAGGAGGCAGGACAGGAUGUUCCCAUGAUUGUGUUUGCAAAGGACGGUCACUACGCUCUUGAGGAUUUGUCUCAGUCUCAUUAUGAGGUGGUCGGGCUGGACUGGACCGUGGACCCGCGAUCAGCACGGGAGCGGACGGGAGGGAAGGUCAGCCUGCAGGGCAACAUGGACCCCUGUGCUCUGUACGCUCCAAAGGAGCGCAUUUCAGACAUCGUGAAGAAAAUGCUGGAGGGUUUCGGCACCAGAGGCUACAUCGCCAACCUGGGCCACGGCCUUUACCCCGACAUGGACCCGGAGAACGUGGGCGCCUUCGUGGAGGCCGUGCACCAGCACUCCAAACGGAUGAUCAAACAGAUGUCUUAAGUGGAAGUGUGAGAACCAAAAAAGGGCCUUAUGACGCUGACGAUGAAAAGAAAAUGUACCAUAAUGCAUUAUUUUAUUAAAAACUGUGAAAAGUAGUCAACACUGGUGUUUGAAUACAAAACAAUUCACAUCUUUGCUUCAGCAGUUUUCACGACGGGAUUCUGCGAGAGGUGGAAUAAACAAACAAACGUCGAGAUGAAAAACAUCCAAAUCAACAUGUACUGAACAUAAAUUCACCGGCGUCUCAUCCAGCGCGGCUUUUCAGGAUAAAAACAACAUGUCGGGUUUUCUAAGACAAGAUUUUCUCUUCAUCUGUAAUAUGUUUAUCUGAGCAGGAGUGGAUUAUGUGUUUGGAUUGCGGAGGGAUGACGGCGUUGUUGCAAGUACAUGUACAUUAAAAAUGCAUUUUAAGUAG